AUGACCUCCGCCUCCACCGCUCCCACCGCUCCCACCGCUCCCACCGCUCCCCCCGACACCGCGCCCGCCAUGGCCACCCUCCUGCCCAGCUUCCGCGCCACCCUCCGCGCCUUCGCCGCCUCGCCCGCAACGUUCCAGCACAUCCGCUCCACCACGGCCUCUCCCCUGUCCGCUGCCAAACAGCUCUUUGUCCUCGACUCGUCGUUCAAUCCGCCGACGAAGGCGCAUUUCAGAAUCGCACUUUGUGCGUUCAACGACACUGCUACUACAGCUGGGUCGGCGGCGGCGGAGAAGAGGCUGCUGUUGUUGCUGGCGACGAAUAAUGCCGAUAAAGCGCCCAAACCAGCCCCAUUCGACGACCGCCUCGCCAUGAUGACCCUCCUCUCGUCCGAAAUCUCCACCUCCACCGCACAGCCAGCAGCCGUCGACGUAGCGCUCACCAAGCACGCCCGCUUCCUCGACAAAGCGCACGCCCUGCGCACGCACUACACCGGCGCCCGCGAGUUUGUCUUCCUGACGGGCUUCGACACGCUCGUGCGCAUCUUCGAUCCGCGGUACUACCCCGAGGCGGGGCACCGGCUGGAUGGGCUGGCGGCGUUUUUCGAGCGCGGGGUGGUGUGGUGUAUGUUUAGGGAGGGCGAGGGGUAUGGAAGUAGGGCGGAGCAGGAGGGGUGGUUGGAGGGGCUAAGGGCGGGGAAGUUGGAGGGGGUGGGGGGGAGGAGGGAGUGGGCGGGGAGGGUGAAGUUUAUCGAGAAUGAUGUGGGGGAGGUGGUGAGCUCGACGAGGGUUCGGGAGGCGGUGAAGGGGGGCAGCGGGGAGGUGUUGGAGGCGCUGUUGACGAGGGGCGUGAAGGAGUAUGUGCUGGAGAGGGGGUUGUAUUUGGAGGAGGAAAAAAGUGGGGGCGAUCAUUGA